GAAGGAGAAGGAGAAGGAGGAAGGAGGAAGGAGGAAGGAGGAAGGAGGAGGGAGGAAGAGGAAGGAGGAAGGGGAAGAGGAGGAGAGGAGGUAAAGAGGAAGGAAGAGAAGGAGAGAGAAGAGAAGAAGAGAACCGAAGGAAGAGAAGGAGAAGAAGAAGGAAGAAGGAAAGAAGGAAAAGAGGAAGAAGGAGAAGGAAGAAGGAAGAAGGAAGAAGGAGAAGGAAGAAGGAAAGGAAGAGGAGAAGAAGAAGAAGAAGGAGAAGGAAGAAGAAGAAGGAAGAAGGAAGAAGAGAAGAAUAGGAAAAGGAAGAAGGAAGGAAGAAGAAAGAAGGAAGAAGAGAGGAAUAAUCAAGAAAGAAGAAGGAAGAAGAAAAGAAAAAAAUUGAUAGAGAGCCUAAAGGUUACUUUAAAGAACUGGCAAGCCACGACCAGACUGGAGAGAUACAAUUCAGUGUUUGCAGCUCUAAGAACCCCCUUUAUAGAUUCUCUAGUGCUAGCGUAUCCGAACAAAACAACAGUAAUGAAUUACUAUCUUGCAUCUUCAACAGUUAUGGACAGUUCUAGAAGAAUAUGCAAAGAGUCAAAAAAUUUUGUGUAUGUGAUUUGGAAACUGAUGUAUUUGUGGCACUCCAUAGUUGGGCCAAUAAAAUACUGUCCUCGAGCUGCCAUGAAUGACGUAUUUGGUUAUGGCAGUAGGAACACCCAGGGAAGAAGUUUUCGUUUAGAUGGCGGCACUGAAGAUUUCAAGUUUCAUGUGAAAUGCGAGGAGUUCUUUCUAGCAAGAGGUUAUCUUUUAGUGUGCUUUGGGAUUAACGCCUGAUAAUAAUGAAUGUCCAUAAGGGGGGUGGAAACAAAGUAUGUUAUUAGAGCAGAUGAUGCCAUUCUGACUAUUCUGUGUACUGACAAUUGAAAUAGUUUGCAUUGAAUGCAUAUUGUAUUUUUUAGCAUUGGUUAGCACAGAGAAGGUAUUAGGGGCAUCAAUUUGCACUUAAAUAAAAUUUUGUUAUUUUAUGUGAGGACCUAAAAUUUCAGUAUUCCGUUCAAAAUAGAAAAAAUAUAUAAUGUACCCCAUUAAAGAGGGGAAGAAAAAGGGGCAUGACCAAAAUAUUUUUUCGUUUAUAAUUUAUUAUUUUAAAUCUAAAAAAAUGCAAUUAUUAUGGCAAACUUUUUACUUAUCUUGUUAUCCAUAAACGUCUUUCCAUUGUAUUUUUGAGAGAGAUUGGUUUUUAUGUAUUAUGCGCCUUCAUGUAGUUACUUGCUUUAUUUCAUUGCAAGAUAAUUUAUGUUAAAUGAUAGCCAAUGGGAUGGCUGAUUUUCAAAAUCUACUGUUUCUGUUGCAUAGUUUGAAAGUUUAUCUAAAUUAUUUUAAUUGUGUAUUUUAUAUAUACAAUUUGUAUUUACACUAUAUGAGGUCCUGUUCAUAUUGAACAGCGACACAAUACACCAGUAUUUGAACUUUAGUAAUAGAAAAUGUCAUUUGAUAUGAUAGCAAAAGUUGAAUAUUUGCAGCAUAGUAGUAAGGCAUAGUGUGUGUUAAGUAUACCAGCAUAUUAACAUUAAUUGAUGUAAAUGUGAAAUAUCUGAUAAUUGGUUUUAAAUGCAUGUUUAUCAAUGCUUAAUUCGUAGGUGAUAAAUUGAAAUAAUGCAAAGUUAGUUUCAAAUGUGUAACUUUUGUGUAGCAACACUUUGAAUAAAAUUUAUGUGAUAAAAUGGAA